UGAUAAUAGGAAUCAAAGAAUUGGAAUCAUCAAACGCAGUGUAGCUUUGUGCCCUUUCUGUGUUACUGUUUCACUCUCUGGUCUCUUCUCUCCACUUUGUACUUUGUGUGUUCGCACUUGGCAAUGAACAGCAUCUCAUCCCUGACGCUCGAUUCUCACGCAAUAUGCAAACCUCAAGGGCCCUUUUCCUUUCACCAUCUUCGCCCCACUCGAAACGUCGUCGUUUGCUCCGCCAAACCCAUAGCUCCUCCUCCCUCUAAGCUCUCCGCCGCCGACUCCUCUGCCGUCCGCAUCGCCUCGCUCAGUCAGGUCUCCGGCGUCCUCGGUUGCCAGUGGGGUGACGAGGGCAAAGGAAAACUCGUCGAUAUCUUAGCCCAACACUUUGAAAUUGUUGCUCGCUGUCAGGGUGGAGCUAAUGCUGGGCAUACUAUUUAUAAUGCGGAAGGGAAAAAAUUUGCUCUUCAUCUUGUUCCCUCGGGUAUUCUCAAUGAGGAUACUCUGUGUGUUAUUGGGAAUGGGGUUGUGGUGCACUUGCCAGGGUUGUUUAAAGAAAUUGAUGGCCUUGAAUCGAAUGGUGUCUCUUGCAAAGGGAGGAUAUUGAUAUCUGAUCGUGCUCACCUCUUGUUUGAUUUCCAUCAAGUAGUGGACGGGCUAAGGGAAGCUGAGCUUGCUAAAUCUUUCAUUGGCACCACUAAGAGAGGCAUUGGACCUUGCUACUCCAGCAAGGUUAACCGUAACGGCAUUAGAGUGUGUGAUUUGAGGCACAUGGAUACUUUUCCGCAGAAGCUUGAUCUUUUGUUGUCAGAUGCCGCGUUGAGGUUCAAAGAUUUCAACUAUGGUUCAGACAUGCUCAGGGAAGAAGUUGAAAACUACAAGAGGUAUGCUGAUAGGUUGGAACCCUACAUUGCUGAUACUGUGCAUGUCAUGAAUGAAGCUAUAGCACAAAAGAAGAAGGUUUUGGUUGAAGGAGGACAGGCAGCCAUGUUGGACAUUGAUUUUGGAACUUAUCCCUUUGUUACCUCUUCUACCCCAUCAGCUGGUGGGAUAUGCACUGGUCUUGGUAUUGCCCCAAGGAUAGUUGGCGAUUUAAUAGGAGUGGUGAAAGCAUACACUACAAGAGUUGGUUCUGGUCCUUUUCCAACUGAAAUUCUGGGUUCUGGAGGUGACCUCCUCAGAUUUGCUGGGCAGGAGUUUGGCACAACUACUGGCCGUCCUCGACGGUGUGGUUGGCUUGAUAUAGUUGCAUUGAGAUACUCUUGUCAGAUCAAUGGUUUUUCAUCAUUGAAUCUUACCAAGCUGGAUGUUUUAUCAGAUCUUGAUGAAAUACAGUUGGGCGUCUCUUACAAACAUGCUGAUGGUACCCCAAUCAAAUCAUUCCCUUCAGAUCUUCGUCUUCUCGAGCAAUUGAAGGUGGAAUAUGAAGUACUUCCUGGAUGGAAGUCUGAUAUUUCUUCCAUAAGAAACUAUUCUGACCUUCCCAAAGCUGCACGACAAUACGUGGAAAGGAUAGAAGAACUUGUGGGGGUCCCUAUCCACUACAUUGGUGUUGGCCCUGGACGUGAUGCACUCAUAUUUAAAUGAGUUAAUGUUGGAUUUGCAUGCCUCUAUAGGCAAGUUGAGGCUUUUUGCAGUAGAGGUAUUUAAUCCUGCUAACUUUCAAAGAUUUGGGAUAAAUACGCAUUUUUAGUGACUAGUGAGGAUCACCUACAUGAUGUAUUAUGUUGUUAGCCUUCAUCAAUGGCAUUUUGGGUUAUCGCAAAAAUUUGAUACAGGUACUUCACCAUCUUAUUUUGCAGUACUCGUCGGAAUGAUGAGUAUGAAUUAGAUGUGUGAUGAUAACAUCUGUACUUAACUGUGUUAUUCAUGUCGAAGAAAAUAAUAUUGUACUUGUAACGACCCAAAGGCUUUUUGCCUUCAAAAUUGCGUCAUGGUUUUGUUGUUCUAUGUAAUCUUUUUUCAUUUACCAUCAAUUUCACAUAGCUUGGCCUG